CUCCCAGGUACUAUGAUUAUAGGUGUGUGCCACCACAUCUAGCCCAAAUAUUUUUCUUCACUUCCUUUCAGAAAGAGAGGUUCCCCGGGGUGGGGUGUAGCUCAGUGAUAAAGCACAUGCUUAGCCUGUGCCAGGCCCUGGGUUUGGUCUCCACAGGGGGGCAAAGAGAAAGGUGUAACUUCAAGAGCUUUAAGUGGAGAGUGAUAUUCUCUGACAUAAAAUGUCUAGAGCAGCGUGUGACAGACGUUCAUAGCAGCACUGUUUGUCAUAGCCUGACCCUGGGAAAUAAUUAUUCAUCAACAGUGGCAUGGACAAUAUGAUUCCAUUCACUUCAAAUCCUAAAACAGCUAAGAUCAAAUUGCAUUGCUUGGAGGUGGUUGCUUGGGUGGUUAAACUUGGAAAACAAAGAAAUGACUGACAGACCCACGAGGACAGAGGUGACUUCAUCAGGGAGGAGCCCUGGUGGGCGUGGCAGCAGGGCCGGCCUGUUCCUCACCCAGUGGUGGUUACAUGGGUGUCAGUGUCCUGUGUAGGGACCCUUCCUACUCUACAGUUUUGCAUUUCUCUGUAUCACAUAUCACAACUAAAUGGAAGACAUGCAUGGAACAACACAUCCUACUGGGAGGGUUGACCUUAGAGAGGUCUGUGCAGAUUGUGGGCUUCACUUUGUGUUUCAUGAGGGCUCCUGAGAUGACCUAGCCCCAGACAGGAGUCACACAGCAGAGCCAUGUUGGAUUGCUGACCCGGGAGCUUCUUCGGGAAGAGCCAGUCCUCAUCUGGGCGGACGGGGGUCCUGGCGCCCGGGAAGGACCUGUCACCAUGGGGAGUCGCUGUCAUUAUUAAUCGAGGUCUGCAGUAGACGCCCUGGCAACCUUCGCUGGAGGAUGCGAUCGGGUUUGGGGCUUCCUUUUUCGGAUUCGAGCGCGAGUCAAUGGGGAAGCCCCGGAAACCCAGGAAUCCGGCGCCCUGGUGGUUGCCAGCCGCUAUCGCAGCGUCAGGGACCAGAGUCCUCUUCCAGGGCAUCCUCCGGCGAAGGUUGCCAGGGCGUCUACCUCGGAGUCUUCCUCUCAGCCCCGCCCAACCUGCCCGAGGGAGGCCCGAGAGCGCGCGCCCGCCCACCAGAUGACCAAUCAUAGAAGGGGAGGACAGCAGGCCCCGCUCCCACUGGCCACUCCGGCGCCUGCCGAACGAGCGGCCUCUGUGGCUGGCGGAGCUUCCUGCCAAUCAGGGCGGAGCCAGCGAGACCUCGACUAAUAGCAGGAGGCGGCCGGGUCAGGCCGCCUGCACGGCGCGGGUAGACGCGCUGGUCCGCACGGAGGGAGUCACCGCCCUCCGACUGCGCGCUAGCUCCGGGCCCCUCUCUCCCGCCCGCCCGCGGCCGGCCGAAGCCGCGCCCACCGCCCAGAGUCAGAGGGAUGGUGGUAGUCACGGGGCGGGAGCCAGACAGCCGUUGCCAGGACGGUGCCAUGUCCAGCUCCGACGCCGAGGACGACUUUCUAGAACCGGCCACCCCGACGGCCACGCAGGCGGGGGACGCGCUGCCGCUGCUGCCCCAGCAGUUUCCCGAGGUUGUGCCCCUCAACAUCGGAGGUGCUCACUUCACCACCCGCCUGUCCACGCUGCGACGCUAUGAGGAUACCAUGCUGGCGGCCAUGUUCAGCGGGCGACAUUACAUCCCCACUGAUGCCGAGGGCCGAUACUUCAUCGACCGGGACGGCACGCACUUCAGAGAUGUGCUGAACUUCCUGCGCUCAGGGGACCUACCACCCCGGGAGCGGGUGCAGGCCGUGCACAAGGAGGCCCAGUACUACGCCAUUGGGCCUCUGCUGGAGCAGCUGGAGAACAUGCAGCCACUGAAGGGCGAGAAGGUGGCCUCCCCCUGCCCUCCCACCCCAUCCGCACUGAUGGCCGCUGCGUCCACCCCUGCAGACCACCUGGAGCGGAUUGUGGAGAUUGCCCGGCUGCGCGCAGUCCAGCGGAAGGCCCGCUUUGCCAAGCUCAAGGUCUGUGUCUUCAAGGAAGAGAUGCCCAUCACGCCCUACGAGUGUCCCCUCCUCAACUCGCUGCGCUUUGAGCGGAGCGAGAGUGACGGGCAGCUCUUCGAGCACCACUGCGAGGUGGAUGUGUCUUUCGGGCCCUGGGAGGCCGUGGCUGACGUUUAUGACCUGUUGCAUUGCCUGGUCACAGACCUGUCGGCCCAGGGCCUCACUGUGGACCACCAGUGCAUUGGGGUGUGUGACAAGCACCUCAUCAACCACUACUACUGCAAGCGCCCUAUCUAUGAGUUCAAGAUCACAUGGUGGUACUGUUUUGGGGGCUCUUGGAUGAAGGUAGUGCCUGUCUCUUGGUGCUGAAAAGAGGGGCGCUUGCCUUGGAGUGUUGGGAACUGGGCUGGGAAAGGCCUGUUUGGGAACCCUGGAAGAAGCAUACGUACGUAAUGUGGGGAGGUGUGGAUGGCUGGGUGGCGGGGCUGAAGGCUGGGCAGAGAACUCGGCCCUAUUGUGGCAAGUUCCUGGGUCCAUUGUCUUCUCUGGAGGGUGCAGGUUUUUGUACACAGAGUAACACUUCCCGAGUGUGGUCACACACCUGUUGCGAUUGCUUUUGUGCAUCGAGCCUCAGUAUCCUCAAAUGGCAUUAAAGUCAAGAACUAAAACCUGA